AUUGCUGUCAGUAUAUUUGUUUUCCGAGGUUUAUCCCACACGCAGUUGCGGUGCGUCAGUGUGGCUGGAAGUCCUUAAAAAGAGCCAAGCGCAAAGCCAACAUUCUCAUUGUGAUCGUGAGUUCGAAGACGUGCCACGAUGAUGCUGUCACUCGCCCUCUGCCUGUGCCUUACCUCGUCGGUGUUUGCUGGACCAGCGGUGCCACACCACAGGUUCGACAAUGAAGAACUUCAGCGUUACUUCGGUGUCGACAGCCACGAGAAAGCACCUGAGUACGAGAUUGUGUACCCACAGUACGUGACUGCCGACAGCAAGCGCGAUAUGGGUCGCAGUGCCGUUGCAGCCUCUUACCUUGACGUUCAUGUUGAGGCAUUCGGUGAGGCCUUUCACAUGGCAUUGGAGCACGACGACAGUAACUUCAAACCUGGACUCGAGGCUCAUUACGUCACUGAGGAGGGAACUAUCAAGGUGCCUGUCCGCACAGACUGCAUUUACACCGGCAAAGUCGUUGGGGAAGUUGACUCCCUCGUGUCGGUCACCACUUGUGCGGGUUUGAUGGCAGUUAUGAAUCAUGCCUCUGGACCGACGUACAUUGAGCCGUUGGAUGACGAGCACGCUUUCAAGAGAGACAUUGGGCGUGGCCUUCCCCACGUUGCCUACAAGAACCGACCAGAUAAUGGCGCCACUUGCCCAGUCACACCUGACUCUGAGUUUGUAGUGUACGAAAACAAAGAGACUAAUGACGAUAAAGAUGACGUCGACCCAGAAUCCACCAAGUAUCUCGAGCUUGCUCUUGUUGGUGACGCCGUGCUGUAUGAUCUGCGUGGAGGAAAUACCCAGCAUUGUUUGACAACACUUUUCAACGCGGUGAAGAACGUCAUGCAGCUCAGUUCUUUGGCUGGAAGCAACCUUGUGCCCCAACUGGAGAGCAUGAUCAUCUUCACAUCAGCACAGUCGGGACUGAACACCUGCCCAGACGCCUCACAGUCGAUUGGAUAUGCAAGGUCGUGGCAUAGUUCCGUCAGUCGUUCGUGGGACAAUGCCGCUGUGCUCACUGGAUGGGAAAUGAAUUCCGGAAGAACCCUUGGCAUAGCCUACGUUGGCAGCUGUGGCACCAGUUAUUCCAUCUCCGUUUCAACCUUCCGCAACCUUGAUACUACCAACGUGCUUGCUCACGAGAUCGGACACAAUCUGAGUAUGCAGCAUGACAGCGAUGGAAAUAGCUGCUCGUCUAGUGGUUACAUCAUGGCCGCCAUUGUGAAUGAUCACCGCGCAGAUCCCAAUUGGUCGUCGUGCAGUAGAAGUUACUACAACAACUUUGUCGGGAGCAGGUCCUGCUACAACGACUCUUAGAUCACGAGAUCGGAACUCCGAGCGCCUUCCAUUUUAACACCGCGCGACAACUUACAAGGACAAAAUGAAGUGUUUGGUAACAACGGGUUACCAGUUAUAAGGAUACUGUAGGUCAUUGUUUAUGUCCGAUUUGUUUACCCUUUAUACGUAGCGAUUUUAUGGGCAAUAACUGUAUAUAUUUGUACAUAAUUUUUGAAUUAGGUGAAGGGAAUAAUAUUACGCAACACUGAA